AUGUUCGCCCAGUACUCUCCUCUCUUCACCUCUGGCCUCCUCUCCGAGAGCAACUCCCCCUCGUCCUCCAGGCGCCCAUCCCUCGACCACUCCCGCCCCAACCAACCCCGCGGCAGCCUCCCAGUCGACGUCAACCGCGACAGCUUCUACGAGCCUUUCGCGUCCGAGGAUGACGGUAUCCUUUUCACCCUCGCUCCCCGCCGCCGCCGCUCCGAGCUCGGAAACUCUUUCCUCUCCUUGGAUCUCGCCGAGAGCAGGACGAUGCGCUCCAUGAGCCUCCGCAGGAAGGACACCAUGACGUCCCGUGCGACCACCCUCGGUGGUUCUGCUCCGGCUUCACCAGAGGCAGGGCCCUCUUGCCCGCUUCCACCAACCGUCGGCUACGCGUCCUUCUCCACUCUGGGCCGCCGGCCUUCCCCGAAGCCUCUGGUCCGCCACUCGUCGCGCGAGGCCCUUCCCAAGGUCAAGCCCCUUCCCGCGUUCCAGCUUCCCGAGCUUCCCAAGACCCGCGCCGACCUCGCCGUCACCAUCCCGUCCGCGUUCAGCGCCGAUCUCCCAUCCCUCCAUCGUUCCUCCCAUUCCGAAUCUUCUGUCCUCUCGCCGAUCUCCCCUCUGAUCUCGCCCAUCGAACGCUCCUAUUUCUCCUUCUCGCCACCCACCUCCCCUCCCGCCGAGCGCACGUCCUUUGAUUGGCCCCAGCCCCCGCGUUCGGCGCCGCCCUCGAUGCCCCUCCGCUCCCGUCCGUCCGUCCGCUCCACUGUCUCGUUCAAGACGCGCCAAGUCAACCGCUCGGCCGCGCUCGCGGCGUUGGAGGGGCGCGUCGCUCGCAAGACCCGGACAAGGACGCGUCCGAGCAACUUCAUGAGCAUGAGCGACGACGAGGACGACAUGGAUCUCGAGGUCUGCGAAGCCCUCGGCUUCCCCUCCAAGCCCGCCCCCGCGCCGCACGUUCGCGCGACGACGCUGCUCGAGAUCCUGCAAGAGGACGAAGACGUGGUGAUGCCCUCGACUCCUUCCCACAAGCGCCUCGCUUCGACACCGAGCUCAGGGAAGAGUCGCAGUCGGCGGGGGACGAUCGAGAACCUCCUCUUGCCUCUGACGAACUUCAUCGACUUCCGCGACGAGGACGGGGCGACGCGAGGCUGGCGCAGUUUCGUCGAGAUCUCAUGA